CCAAAAUGGCGAAGAGAGGCGCGGACAAGGAGCUCACUCAAGAUAACUGGGAUCAGGAAGAAGACGAAGAAGAAGUUGGUCAUUUCAAAGUUGCAACUUCUGAGGAUCUAAGCAAGAGGAAAAUAAUCAAGGCUAAACGACGUAUGAACACUGCGGAUAAUCAGCAGGGUAAAGGGGUUUUCCAAGGAUUCUCUGGUUUUGGCAGUUUAAAUAACAAUGCCACAGAUUUUGGAACCAGCACACCUGCCACCAAACCACUAACAGGUUUCUUUAGUCUGGCCUCAAGUUCAAAAAAUAUGUUCAGUGGUUUGAACAAGCCAACAACAGAAGCAUCAUCCAGCAAUCAAAAUGGCUGCAAAUCUAACUCAUCUGAGGAGUCAAAGACAACCAAAGCUCAGGGAAGUUCCUAUGAGGAUAAUCUGAAGGCCCUCAAUGAAAGCAUUGUUGCCUGGAUCCAAAAGCACCUUAACACAAAUCCAUUUGUUGAUUUAUCUCCAAUUUUCGAUGAUUAUAAGCAACACAUGAAGAACAUUGACUCAAAGUUUUCAAAUUCAACAACAGCUGCAGCAAAUUCAUCAUCAACAAAGUCAGUGACAUUCAGCGCAUCUUCUCAACCUGCAGAGAGCUCAUUUUCACCAUUCAGUGGUCCUCCUCCUCCUCCUCAAGCAUCACAAGAAACACAAGGAAACAAAUCAAAUACUUUAAAUACAGAAGCUCCAAGCUCAGAGACAAGUGCUGCAGAGAGUCAGCCUGGAACAUCAGGGGAAGAGAAUGCAGAGGAAGAAGUUCCUAAACCAAAAAGUGUUGUGGUAGCUGAAGAAGGAGCUUUCCAUUCCAUCAGGUGCAAGCUAUUUUUUAAGCGUGAAUCAUCUUGGGUUGAACUGGGAAUUGGGAUGCUGAACUUGAAGAAACUUGAAGGAAAAACUCAAUUGCUGGUGCGGAAUGAUACAGCCCUUGGAAAAAUAGUGUUGAACGUGUAUCUGGCAGAAAACACUCCAAUCAGUAGAUCAGGGAAGAACAAUGUAAUGUUAAUAUCUGUUCCAAAUCCUCCACUCUUCUCCAAAGAUGCUGAAGGAGACAACAGCAAACCUGCAACAUAUUUAAUUAGAGUGAAAACGAGUGAAGAUGCAGAUGAACUUUUCAAAAAAAUGGAGACAAACAAAACUUAAACAAAUUAACAAUGCUUACUUUUUGAUACAAAGUGGACAAAGUUUGCACAGUUUUAAAACCUUUUUUUUUUUUUAAUACACUUGGCAUCACAAGAUGAUUGCCUUAGGAAAGAGCUUAUUUUUAGUUGUAGAACAGGCCAUGAAUAAAAUUGUUAAUUUGAAAAGUCACUUUGGAGAGUUAGCCUGAAUCUUCAUGUCAUUUUGAGUGUCACAUUAACUUUCCAGUCAAAAAGUUUUUUUUUUUUGUUUAUCAUGUGUAAAAUUUUACUUUUUUCUGUGUAUCAGUUCAAGUGCACUUAAAAUUUCCCCAAUUUUGUUUCCAUGUAAGUGAACCUGAUGAUGUUGUGGAAAAGAAUCCAUUAUAAUUCAAGCAUUUUUUCAUUGA